AUGGAACUCAACCGAAAACAUUUUCGCGCCAUAAUUUAUUACAACUUUCAGAGAAAAUUAUCGCAACAAGAAUGCCUUGCUGAGUUACUGUCUGUUUUCGGCAACGAAGCGCCACAUCAAUCGACAACUUCCCGUUGGUAUGGAGAAUUCAAACGUGGACGGGUGAGUCUUAGCGAUGAUCCCAGGGUGGGUGCACAAAAAACAGCUGUCACCCAGGAAAACGUCGAUGCUGUGCGCAAACUCAUCAUUGAAGAUAGACAUGUGACAUAUCGCGAGAUGAAGGCGUCCUUGAAGAUCUCAACGACCUCAAUUAAAAAACCGCAAGGGUUAAUUGGUGUCAAAAAACACGACCGUUUCAAUUCCGGAAACUCAAAAAAUGUGUACAGCAUUGUUAAAAGUAAACGACAGUCGGCUGUUUGGGUGUUCCAAGGUAAGCCAACAAAAGUCAUCCGUUCUCGAAGUAUUUCGAAAAAGAUGGUCGCGACAUUUGUGUCAAAAGCGGGUCAUAUUGCAACAAUUCCUCUCAAUGAGCAAAGAACUGUUACUGCGGAUUGGUAUACCACCAUUUGUUUGCCAAAAGUCAUCACCGAGCUUCGAAAAAUCAACCCCGAAAGAAGAAUCAUCCUCCACCAAGACAAUGCAAGAUCGCACACAGCCCAAAUAACAAGGCAGUAUUUAUCGGAAGAAAACGUGGAAUUAUUGGACCAUCUUCCAUAUAGUCCCGAUCUAACUCCUAACUAUUUCUUUACUUUCCCGAAAAUUAAAAACAGACUGCGUGAAGAAGCAGUUGACGCAUUCAAAAAUGCCGUUUUGGAUCUGCCAGCAAACGAGUGGAAUAAGUGCUUCGAAAAUUGGUUCGAGCGCAUGCAGAUGUGUAUUAAUCUUCGUGGAGAAUACUUCAAAAAACAAUAA